GGUGAAAUUCAUAGAGUGAGGUCAGAUGGAACCAACAGGACGGUUUUUGCUCCAGCAGCUGUCAUUGGUGCUCCUAUGGGUCUGGCAUUGGACUGGAUAUCUGCAAACCUGUAUUACAGUAACCCAGAGACACAGUCAAUUGAGGUCCUGAAGCUGCAUGGUGAUGUAACAUACAGAAAAACACUGAUUACCAAUGAUGGCACCUCUCUGGGAGCUGGCGUACCGAUUGGUUUGACAGUUGAUCCAGCAAGAGGGAAGAUGUACUGGACAGACCAGGGAACUGACAGUGGAGUCCCAGCAAAGAUUGCCAGUGCAAACAUGGAUGGAUCAGGCAUACAAACCCUCUUCACUGGCAACCUUGACCAUGUAGAGUUCAUUACCAUUGACAUUAAGGAACAGAAGUUGUACUGGGCUGUCACAAGCACAGGAGUGAUUGAAAAAGGCAAUGUGGAUGGUACAAAUCGUGUGACUCUGGUGGUUCAUCUUUCUCACCCAUGGGGAAUUGCUGUGUAUGGUACCUUUCUGUACUACACUGAUCGAGAUUAUGAAGUUAUUGAACGAGUUGACAAGUCUACAGGAGCAAACAAAGUAGUACUGAGAGAUAACGUCCCAAGAUUGAAGUGCCUACGUGUGUAUUACAGAGACAAUUCUGCUGGUUCCUCGAAUGGCUGCAGUAAUAAUAUUGGAGUUUGCCAGCAGCUUUGCCUGCCUAUACCUGGUGGAUUAUUCUCUUGUGCCUGUGCUACUGGCUUUCAGCUAAAUCCUGAUAAUAGAACCUGUUCCCCAUACAGUUCAUUUGUAAUUGUUUCCAUGCUUUCUGCCAUUAAAGGAUUUAGUUUAGAGACAUCUGAUCACUCUGAAGCCAUGGUGCCACUAGCAGGAAGAGGACGAAAUGCACUUCAUGUGGAUGUUCACAUGCCUUCUGGUUUCAUUUACUGGUGUGACUUCAGUAGCACAAUUUCUUCUCAAAAUGGAAUACGUAGAAUUAAACCUGAUGGUUCUUAUUUUAGAAAUGUUGUUACAAAUGGAAUAGGACGAAAUGGGAUCCGUGGCAUUGCAAUUGACUGGGUAGCAGGAAAUCUUUAUUUUACAAAUGCAUUCCUGACAGAGACUUUUAUAGAAGUUUUGCGUUUGAACACAACUUAUCGCCGUGUUCUGCUUAAAACUACCAUAGAUAUGCCAAGACACAUAGUAGUUGACCCAAAAACCAGGUAUCUGUUCUGGGCAGAUUAUGGGCAAAAUCCGAAGAUCGAACGUGCAUUUCUUGACUGCACCAACAGGACAGUUCUUGUGUCUGAGGGCAUUGUCACACCUCGUGGACUGGCCAUAGAUCACAGCAAUGGCUACAUUUACUGGGUGGAUGAUUCCUUAGAUAUGAUUGCAAGAAUUCAGCCUGAUGGUGGUGAUGUUGAAAUCGUGCGUUAUGGCAGUCGCUAUCCAACUCCGUAUGGUAUCACUGUCUUUGGAAAUACUAUGAUCUGGGUGGAUCGGAAUCUGAAAAAAGUCUUCCAAGCCAGCAAGGAGCCAGGCAAUACUGAUCAGCCAACAGUCAUACGAGACAACAUUAAUUGGCUAAGGGAUGUUACCAUUUACAACAGUCAUUUCCAGUCACGUUCACCCCUUGAUGUUAACAACAAUCCUUGUUUGGACAACAACGGGGGCUGUUCUCAUCUAUGUUUUGCCUUGCCUGACAUGCAGACACCUAGAUGUGGUUGUGCCUUUGGAACACUAGGCAGUGAUGGCAAGAGGUGUUCCAUUUCAACUGAUGAUUACUUGAUUUUUGCUCUUGAGAAUGGCCUCAGAAGUAUCCACCUAGAUCCUGAAAAUCACAGUCCUCCCUUCCGCACAGUCAAUGUGUUAAGAACUGCAGUGGCCCUGGAUUUUGACAGCAUAAACAACCGAAUAUAUUUUACACAAAGUUAUCCUUCAGGAAUAGGAAGAAUCAGUUAUAUUAGUAUUUUCGCAGGAAUUGGCUCUCCAACAGUAGUUGCAUCUGACCUCGGGACUCCAGAUGGCAUAGCAUUUGACUGGAUCAAUAACAGAGUUUACUACAGCGAGUACCUCAAUCAGACCAUCAGCUCAAUGGCUGUGGAUGGCUCUAACCGCACAGUGAUUGCCCGGGUUCCACGACCAAGAGCCAUUGUGUUAGAUCCCUGCAGAGGGUAUAUGUACUGGACUGACUGGAGUUCAAAUGCAAAAAUAGAACGAGCUACACUUGGAGGAAACUUCAGAACACCUAUUGUGACCACCAAUUUGGUAUGGCCAAACGGGCUUACCCUGGACUAUGAAGAACAGCAGCUAUACUGGGCUGAUGCAAAUCUGCAGAAGAUUGAGCGAUGCACUCUCACUGGUACAAAUCGUGAGGUCAUUGUUAGCACUGCUCUGCAUCCAUUUGCAAUGACAUUGUUUGAUCAGCACAUAUAUUGGACAGACUGGAACACACGAAGCAUUUAUCGAGCUAAUAAGUAUGAUGGUUCAGAUCAGAUUGUAAUGAUCAUGAAUCUUCCACAAAGACCGAUGGACAUUCAUGUCUGGGCAAAAAGUAAGCAGCAGCAGUGUACCAACCCUUGCAACCAGUUCAAUGGUGGCUGCAGUCACAUCUGUGCACCAGGUCCAGCUGGUGCAGAAUGUCAGUGCCCUUCUGAAGGUCGCUGGUAUUUAGCCAAUAAUAACAAGCACUGUAUUGUGGAUAAUGGUACUCGAUGUGAUACUGGUUUCUUCACAUGCCUUAAUGGGCACUGUAUCUCUGAGCGAUGGAAAUGUGACAAUGACAAUGACUGUGGUGAUGGCAGUGAUGAGUUGGAAAGUGUGUGUGCUUUCCAUACUUGUCAGCCAACAGCUUUUACCUGUGGUAAUGGGCGAUGUGUACCCUACCAUUACCGCUGUGAUCACUACAAUGACUGUGGAGAUAACAGUGAUGAGGUUGGCUGCUUGUUCCGAACUUGUGACUCCCUCACAGAAUUUACUUGCAAUAAUGGAAGGUGUAUAUCUCUUCAGUACGUCUGCAAUGGAGUAAACAACUGUUACGAUAAUGGCACAUCAGAUGAGAGAAACUGCCCGGAGCGCACUUGCCAGUCUGGUUUUACAAAAUGUCAAAGCACAAAUAUUUGCAUUCCUCGAACAUAUUUGUGUGAUGGUGACAAUGACUGUGGAGAUAUGAGUGAUGAGAGUCCUACUCACUGUGUCUCACUGACUUGCACAAAUAGUGAGUUUCGUUGUACAUCGGGACGUUGUAUUCCUGCUCAUUGGUAUUGUGAUCAAGGAAUAGAUUGUGCUGACGGCUCUGAUGAACCUGCCUCUUGUGUGCCCCCAGUGCGGACUUGUUCAAGCAGCCAGUUCAGAUGUGAUGAUGGCAGAUGUAUCCCAGCAACUUGGAUCUGUGAUGGUGAUAAUGACUGUGGGGAUAUGAGUGAUGAAGAUCAAAGACAUAAUUGUGCAAAUCGCAACUGCACAGCAGCAGAGUUCACAUGUGCCAACAAUCGACCUCCGCUCAGGAGGUGCAUUCCUCGGGCAUGGAUCUGUGAUGGUGAUGCUGACUGCAGUGAUGCAUUUGAUGAACACCAGAACUGCACACGGAGAUCUUGCACAGAAAAUGAGUUUACUUGUAGUAAUGGAUUGUGCAUCCGAAACACAUACAGAUGUGACAGGCGGAAUGACUGUGGUGACAGCAGUGAUGAAAGGGGAUGCAUCUAUGAACCAUGUCAACAGCACCAGUUUACUUGUCAGAAUGGGCGCUGCAUUUCCAAGGCCUACAUCUGUGAUGGGGAUAAUGACUGUGGUGAUGAAUCUGACGAGCUGGAACAUCUCUGUAGUACACCAGAAGCGACCUGCUCUCCCCAUCAUUUUAAAUGUGACAAUGGAAACUGCAUUGAAAUAGUUAAAGUCUGCAAUCGGUUGGAUGAUUGCUUAGAUAACAGUGAUGAAAAAGGAUGUGGUGUGAAUGAAUGCAGUGACCCUUCAAUCAGUGGAUGUGAUCAUGACUGUACAGACACACAGACAAGUUUCUACUGUUCUUGUCAUCCCGGAUACAAACUUAUGUCUGAUAAACGAACUUGUGAUGAUAUUGAUGAGUGCAAUGAAACUCCAUCAGUAUGUAGCCAGAUUUGUGAGAACACAGCUGGCUCCUACAUCUGUAAGUGUGCCCCAGGCUAUAUCCGGGAGCCUGAUGGAAAAAGUUGCCGGCAAAAUAGUAAUAUCUCCCCAUACCUUAUUUUUAGCAACCGUUACUAUCUGAGAAAUCUCACAGCAGAUGGCCAGUCUUACUCUCUCAUUUUGCAAGGACUGAGAAAUGUGGUGGCACUGGACUUUGACAGGGUGGAAAAGAGGUUGUACUGGAUUGAUGUGGGGAGGAAGGUCAUUGAACGGAUGUUCCUAAAUGGAACAAAUAAGGAGACAGUGAUAAGUGAUGAUGUGCCCAACGGGGAAGGUAUCGCUGUUGACUGGGUUGGCAGAAAACUGUACUGGGUGGAUGCCUACAAAGAUUGUCUCUAUGUCUCUGAACUUGAUGGAAGAUUCCGGAAAAAACUGGUGGAUCGGUGUGUGGAUGCCAACAACACUUUCUGCUUUCAGUACCCCAGAGCAAUUGUUGUUCAUCCAAAAUAUGGACAGAUUUACUGGACAGACUGGGCAUAUCGAGCCUAUAUCGGACGAGCAGGCAUGGAUGGCAAGGAGAAGAUGGUGAUUAUAUCUACAAAGUUAGAGUGGCCCAAUGGACUCACCAUAGAUUACACCAACGACAAGCUCUAUUGGGCAGAUGCUCAUCUAAAUUACAUUGAGUACUCUGACCUGGAUGGACAUCACCGUCACACAGUGUAUGAUGGGACUUUACCUCAUCCAUUUGCAAUAACUAUUUUUGAAGACACAAUAUAUUGGACUGACUGGAACACAAGAACUGUUGAAAAGGGGAAUAAAUAUGAUGGAUCAGACAGGACUGUUCUUGUGAAUACCACACACAGGCCAUUUGACAUCCAUGUUUACCAUCCAUACAGACAGCCAUUUGUUAAUAAUCCCUGUGGCACCAACAAUGGUGGUUGUUCACAUCUUUGUCUAAUAAAAGCUGGUGGUCAGAGUUAUUCCUGUGAAUGUCCUGAUAACUUCAUGAUAGUACAGUUCAGCAAUACAGCCCACUGCCUUCCAAUGUGCUCUAGCACCCAGUUUCUCUGUGCAGACACUGAGAGGUGUAUUCCUAUCUGGUGGAAGUGUGAUGGACAGCGGGACUGUCGAGAUGGCUCUGAUGAGCCCCCUACCUGUCCACACCGAUACUGUCCUGUUGGUCAGUUCCAGUGUAACGAUGGGAACUGCACAAGUCCACAUUUCUUGUGCAAUACCCAGCCAGAUUGUUAUGACAGAUCAGAUGAAGAUCCCGUACUUUGUGCUAAUCACCAGUGUGAAACUCAUCAGUGGCAAUGUGCCAAUAAGCGAUGUAUCCCAGAAGCCUGGCAGUGUGAUAGAGAAGAUGACUGUGGUGACAACUCGGAUGAAGAUAGUACUCACUGUGCCAGUAGAACCUGUCCCCCAGGCCAAUUUAAAUGUGACAAUGGCCGCUGCAUCCCACAGUCCUGGAAGUGUGAUGUGGAUGAUGAUUGUGGUGAUAACUCUGAUGAGCCAUUCCAUGAAUGCAUGGGCCCUGCCUAUCGAUGUGACAAUCACACAGAAUUCAGCUGUAGAACCAACUACCGUUGCAUACCUCUGUGGGCAGUGUGCAAUGGGAAUGAUGACUGCAGAGACAACAGUGAUGAACAAGGCUGUGAGGAAAUGACUUGCAGUCCUUCUGGAGAUUUCCGUUGUGACAAUCAUCGAUGCAUCCCACUGCGCUGGAAGUGUGAUGGAGAUAAUGACUGUGGAGAUAACUCUGAUGAGCACAAUUGCAGUCCUCGUGAAUGCACAGAAAGUGAAUACCGUUGUGACAAUUUGCGCUGCAUUCCUUCCCGCUGGAUCUGUGAUCACGAUGAUGACUGUGAAGACAAUUCAGAUGAACGGGACUGUGAGAUGAGGACCUGCCACCCAGGUUAUUUCCAGUGUGAUAGUGGACACUGUGUUGCAGAGCGCUUCAGAUGUGAUGGGAACGCAGAUUGCCUUGAUUUCUCUGAUGAAGCAACUUGUCCAACACGAUAUCCUAAUGGUACAUACUGUCCACCUAUGCUGUUUGAAUGUAAAAACCACGUCUGUAUCCAGCCAUACUGGAAAUGUGAUGGUGAUAAUGACUGUGGAGAUGACUCUGAUGAAGAACUUCACCUUUGCUUGGAUAUUUCUUGUGACUCUCCGUUCCGUUUCCGAUGUGAAAACAAUCGCUGUAUAUAUAGUCAUGAGCUGUGCAACCAGGAGGAUGACUGUGGAGAUGGAAGUGAUGAGAAAGAGGAACACUGUAGACAACCAACCCCAAGACCUUGUACAACUGAAGAAUUCAAGUGCAGUAAUGGAAAUUGCAUUCCUCUACAUUAUGUCUGUGACAAUUAUGAUGACUGUGGAGAUCAUUUUGAUGAAUUGGGCUGCAAUCCUGGAACAGAGCGAACUUGUGCAGAAAAUAUCUGUGAACAUAACUGUACCAACCUGAAUGAAGGAGGCUUUAUCUGUUCCUGUAGGCCAGGGUACAAGGCCAGUGAAACUAACCGAAACUCCUGUGAUGAUAUCAAUGAGUGUGAAAUCUUUGGAACAUGCACCCAGGACUGCAAAAAUUCCAAAGGAAGCUAUGAAUGUUUCUGUGCAGAUGGCUUCAGAUCUGUGGGUGAUCAGCAAGGGAAACAGUGUGCAGCUAAUGGUAAUCCUCCGUUGUUACUGCUGCCAGAUAAUGUGCGGAUUCGAAGAUACAAUAUCUCAUCAGAACAGUACUCUGACUAUAUUGAUAACCAGGAGCGCAUCCAAGCUCUGGAUUAUGAUUGGGACCCUGAAGGGAUAGGCCUCAGUAUUGUGUACUUCAGCAUUCUGGGACAGGGUUCUGAGUUUGGAGCCAUCAAACGUGCUUAUUUGCCCACAUUUGACAGCAGUAGGAACAAUCCUACAAAGGAAGUUGACUUGAAUCUCAAAUACAUAGUUAAUCCUGAUGGGUUAGCUGUUGAUUGGGUUGGAAGACAUCUUUAUUGGACUGAUGCAGGGACUAAUCGCAUAGAGGUGGCAAAAUUAGAUGGCCGGUACAGAAAAUGGCUUAUUUUUUCUCUGCUGGAUCAACCAGCAGCUAUUGCUGUUAAUCCAAAACGUGGGCUCAUGUAUUGGACUGACUGGGGAAGGCAGCCAAAGAUUGAAUGUGCCUGGAUGGAUGGACAACAAAGACAAACUCUAGUUUCUGAAGACCUUGGCUGGCCAACAGGUCUUUCUAUUGAUUAUUUGAACAAUGAUAGGAUCUAUUGGAGUGAUUCUAAAGAAAAUAUUAUUGAAUCCAUGAGACCUGAUGGGACAGACAGAACUGUAGUAUUACAUGGAGAAGUAGGCAGUCCAUACAGCCUUGAUGUCUUUGAAGGCCAUUUAUAUUGGAUAGCUAAAGAACGAGGAGAAGUCUGGAAGAAAGAUAAAUUUGGAAGUGGAGAAAAAGUGAAAGUGCUGACUGUAAAUCCGUGGCUAACUCAAGUGCGUGUCUAUCACCAGCACAGAUACAAUCAGUCAGUGCCUAAUCCUUGUAAAGAUGUCUGCAGCCACCUUUGCUUGCUGAGACCCGGAGGGUACACCUGCACUUGUCCUCAGGGGACUCGAUUCAUAGAAGGCAGCAGCACAGAGUGUGAUGCAGCUAUUGAAUCUCCUCCCACAAUGCCACCAGCAUGCAGGUGCAUGUAUGGAGGAACGUGCUAUAUAGAUGAAAGUGGUCUUCCAAAAUGCAAGUGUUCUUAUGGCUACACUGGCAAUUAUUGUGAAAUAGGAUUGUCAAAAGGAGUGCCUCCUGGAACAACAGCAGUAGCAGUGGUGCUGACAGUCAUACUAAUAAUAAUAAUUGGAGUGUUAGUGAUUGGAGGCUUUUUUAACUACAGACGAACAGGCUCCCUUUUACCAGCGCUUCCCAAACUACCAAGUUUAAGCAGUCUUGUAAAAACUACUGAAAAUGGCAAUGGGGUAACUUUCCGGUCUGGAGCAGAUGUUAGUAUGGACAUAGGAGUGUCUGGCUUUGGAGGAGAUUCUGCUAUAGACAGAGCAAUGCAAAUGAAUGAAAACUUCGCAGUGGAGUCAGGGAAACAGCCAAUCACAUUUGAAAAUCCAAUGUACGCAACCAGAGAUGGUGGAGCCAGCACAGCCAGUGCAGUUACAGUUGUUCGGCCAACACAAGUAGCUGCAACUGGUAGUGGGGAAAAUGAAAAUUUUGAAAAUCCUGUGUAUGCCUCUGUGAUAUCUACUAGUUUGAAGGAACCCCCUCAGAGUACCGAUGCGCCUCAGGAAUCAAAGUGGAGUUUCUUCAAGAGGAAAAUGAAACAAAACACUAAUUUUGAAAACCCAAUAUAUGCAGAGAUGGAAAAGGAACAACAACAGGGCACAGAAAAUGUCCCUACCCCUUCUCCUUCAUUGCUGCCCAAGAUUACUCUGAAGAGAGACCAACCAUUAGCUUAUACAGCAACAGAGGAUACAUUUAAAGACACCGCCAAUCUUGUUAAAGAGGACUCUGUGGUAUAACUAGGUAACUGAUUUAGGGAAAAUUAGACACAUCCAUUUGCACAUAUAUUUUUUAUAAACAGAAGAGUAAGGUUCACAUUCAAAUGCUUUAUAAAACUAUAUGCAUCUCUUAGCCAGUGGCUGGAGAUGUAUGUUGAAACUAUGCCUUGUUUUUUGACUAAUGCCAAUUUUUAUGAACAAUUAUCAUGAUGUACUAUAUGUAUAUCUUUGCACUGAAGCUGUCUGAAAAUACUGUUAUAAAUAUACUGUACAUUUGUAAAUUUUUUAAAGAUUAUCUUGCUUGGUGAUGUUGCUAGUAGAAAUCUGUGUAGAACUGAUCGUAUCUUUAGGGAUACAUUCAUUAUAUGAAUGCGUAAACUAAAAAAGAACAAAACAAGGCUAAUAAAGGAACAUUACUGGUUUACAGGAUCUUUAGACUAUAUAACAGCACCUUUUAAAACUUCUACUGGUGCUCUGGGCAUCUUUACCACCUAUUUUAUAUACUACUGUAUGUAAAAAUGGGUGUGUCUUUUUAUCUUGUGUUAAACAAAAGAUAGAAGGGUAAACACAGCAUCAUUAUGCUGAA